AAGGCACGAAGGCGGAAGGGGAAAAACUUUAUUUUUUUCUCUUUUUCAUUUCUGGGGCUGAAGUGAAGGGCAGGCGAUUGCGCCAGCGCGGGUUUCCGGUAAAGAGCCGGGAGCGACCUCAGUCCGCUGCGGCACGGAGGAGCCCGGCCCGGGAGGCCAGAACAGGGCGCCCGGUAUGUGGGACCCGCAGGAGUUUGAGCGCCACUGGCAGGCGGAGUUCCCGGGGGAGGAGGCUCCGGUCAUGCGGCUGGACUCGGUGCUGGACAUAGAGCAGGAACUGGAGCGCUGCAAACUCAACCUGAAGCGGCUGCAACAGGUGCUGGCUGAGGAGAAGUUCAAAGUCUUCUACCUGCAGGCGGCCCUGGCCCGGGAGAAGCCGGACCUCGGCUGCGGGCGCCUGGAAGGAGACGGCGGCAGCGGGGGAACCUCCGAGCAGGGGCCGGCGCCGACCGGGCCGGAGCAGGCGCCGCCACCAUGCGAGGAGGAGGACGCAGCGGACGGCAGCGGAGAUCCCCCGAACCCUGGGCGCAAAGACCCGGAGGUGGCAGCAAAGAGCGAGUCCCCUUCCUACGUGUGCCUGGACCUUCCCGCCUGGCCGGGGGUCGAGGGGGCAGGGAGCGCGGUGCGCAGCUGGGCAGCCGCCAUCCACCAGCAAGUGCUGCAGCCUAGCCUCCUCUUCAGGCCCCGGGAGGACUGCGUGCCCCCCGGUCAUGAUGGCCUUGCUCCCAGCGCUCGGGCAGAGGAGCCGGCCUCGGGAACUGGCACGGGGCGGGGCUCCGAGGAGGGCGAGCCGGAUGCCUCCGGCGCGGACGAUGGGGGCGACAGCAGUGACCACGACUUCGAGAUGGUGGAAUUGAACGAGAAAUUCAUCUUCAGCCACUCGCUCACGACCCCCUACCAGUUCGGGACCGGCGAUGAGACCGACAGACCCGCGCGGGCGUGCAGCCCCCAUCGCUGGCUGCGCCUGUUGCCCGGGGGCCGGCGGCAACAUCGGCCCCGGAGCCGGGACCUGGAGCAGCUGGAGGCCGAGGGCAAGGACGGGCACUCCGCCUCGGAGGAGCACCCCCGGCGCGGGGCCCGCGAGCACCUCCCCCAGUGGCGGCGCAAGAGGUUUCUGCGGGUGCCGGAGCGGGACUCGCCCUACCACAGCUCACCCGAGAGGGUCAGCGACUGCAGCCACAACAGCUCCGACCACGAGGACGUCUCCUCUGCAGACUUCAGCUACGGGGCAGAGGACUACGACGGAGAGGGGAAUGAGGAGCAGAAGGGGCCCCCAGAGGGCUCAGAGACCAUGCCGUACAUCGACGAGUCGCCCACCAUGUCGCCCCAGCUCAGCGCCCGCAGCCAGAGCGUCGGGGACAGCAUCUCCCCCACCCCACCUGAGGGGCUGGCACCUGGGGUGGAAGCGGGCAAAGGCCUGGAGAUGCGGAAGCUGGUUCUCUCGGGGUUCCUGGCCAGCGAAGAGAUCUAUAUUAACCAGCUGGAAGCCCUGUUGCUGCCCAUGAAACCCCUGAAGGCCACAGCUACCACCUCCCAGCCCGUGCUCACCAUCCAGCAGAUUGAAACCAUCUUCUACAAGAUCCAGGACAUCUAUGAGAUCCACAAGGAGUUCUAUGACAACCUCUGUCCCAAGGUGCAGCAGUGGGACAGCCAGGUCACCAUGGGCCACCUCUUCCAGAAGCUGGCCAGCCAGCUUGGUGUGUACAAAGCGUUUGUGGAUAACUAUAAAGUCGCUCUGGAGACAGCUGAGAAGUGCAGCCAGUCCAACAACCAGUUCCAAAAGAUCUCAGAGGAGCUCAAAGUGAAAGGUCCCAAGGACUCCAAGGACAGCCACACGUCAGUCACCAUGGAAGCUCUGCUCUACAAGCCCAUCGAUCGAGUCACUCGGAGCACCCUGGUCCUACACGACCUCCUGAAGCACACACCCGUGGACCACCCAGACUACCCACUGCUCCAGGAUGCCCUCCGCAUCUCUCAGAACUUCCUCUCCAGCAUCAAUGAGGACAUUGACCCCCGCCGGACUGCAGUCACGACCCCCAAGGGCGAGACGCGGCAGCUGGUGAAGGAUGGCUUCCUGGUGGAAGUGUCGGAGGGCUCCCGGAAGCUGCGGCACGUCUUCCUCUUUACAGAUGUCCUACUGUGCGCCAAGCUGAAGAAGACAUCUGCGGGGAAACACCAGCAAUAUGACUGCAAAUGGUACAUCCCCCUGGCCGACCUAGUGUUUCCAUCUCCUGAGGAGUCUGAGGCCAGCCCCCAGGUACACCCCUUCCCAGACCACGAGCUGGAGGAUAUGAAAAUGAAGAUCUCUGCCCUCAAAAAUGAAAUCCAGAAGGAGAAGGCCAACAAAGGGCAGAGCCGGGCCAUCGAGCGCCUAAAAAAGAAGAUGUUUGAGAAUGAAUUCUUGUUGCUGCUUAAUUCCCCCACAAUCCCUUUUCGGAUCCACAAUCGGAAUGGAAAGAGCUACUUGUUCUUACUGUCCUCGGACUACGAGAGGUCAGAGUGGAGAGAAGCAAUUCAGAAACUACAGAAGAAGGAUCUCCAGGCCUUUGUCCUGAGCUCGGUGGAGCUCCAGGUGCUCACGGGAUCCUGCUUCAAACUUAGGACUGUGCACAACAUUCCUGUCACCAGCAAUAAAGAUGACGACGAGUCUCCAGGACUCUAUGGCUUCCUUCAUGUCAUUGUCCACUCUGCCAAGGGGUUUAAACAGUCAGCCAACCUGUACUGUACCCUGGAGGUGGAUUCCUUUGGCUAUUUUGUCAGCAAAGCCAAAACCAGGGUGUUCCGGGACACGACAGAGCCCAAGUGGGACGAGGAGUUUGAGAUUGAGUUGGAGGGCUCUCAGUCCCUGAGGAUCCUGUGCUAUGAGAAGUGCUAUGACAAGACCAAGGUCAACAAGGACAACAACGAGAUUGUGGACAAAAUCAUGGGCAAAGGGCAGAUCCAGGAGCUGCCCACUGCCCCUGCCUUUGCUACCCUGGUGCUCCCAGCAUGGCCCUGGGCUAAGUUGGAUCCACAAACUGUAGAAACGAAAAACUGGCACACGGACGUGAUUGAGAUGAACGGGAUCAAAGUGGAAUUCUCCAUGAAGUUCACCAGCCGAGAUAUGAGCCUGAAGAGGACCCCAUCCAAGAAGCAGACGGGCGUCUUUGGUGUGAAGAUCAGCGUGGUGACGAAGCGGGAGCGCUCCAAGGUGCCCUACAUCGUCCGGCAGUGUGUGGAGGAGGUGGAGAAGAGGGGCAUUGAGGAGGUCGGCAUCUACCGGAUAUCUGGGGUGGCCACGGACAUCCAGGCACUGAAGGCUGUCUUUGAUGCCAACAACAAGGACAUCCUGCUGAUGCUGAGUGACAUGGACAUCAACGCUAUCGCGGGCACCCUCAAGCUGUACUUCCGGGAGCUGCCCGAGCCCCUCCUCACAGACCGACUCUACCCAGCCUUCAUGGAGGGCAUUGCCCUGUCAGACCCUGCUGCCAAGGAGAACUGCAUGAUGCACCUGCUCCGCUCCCUGCCCGACCCCAACCUCAUCACCUUCCUCUUCCUGUUGGAACACUUGAAAAGGGUUGCUGAAAAGGAACCCAUCAACAAAAUGUCCCUUCACAACCUGGCUACCGUGUUUGGUCCCACGUUACUGAGACCCUCAGAAGUGGAGAGCAAAGCACACCUCACGUCGGCUGCAGACAUCUGGUCCCAUGAUGUCAUGGCCCAGGUCCAGGUCCUCCUCUACUACCUGCAGCACCCCCCCAUUUCCUUCGCAGAACUGAAGCGGAACACACUGUACUUCUCCACUGACGUGUAGCCUGAGGCUGGGGCAGCUGUGGGGGGGUGGCCAGAGCCAGCCCCUCCAGCUGGGAGGCCCAACAGAGACUUGAAAGACUGCAAUAGAAAACUCCCAGACCCAGCACUCCAGACUACAGGGAAGCAGAUUUCCGAGAACUGGAAAAUGUGCAUCUUUUGUGCCACCUUGUACAAAGCCAGAUGACCCAGCCCCCAGCCCUCACCACCACGCCCCCGGCUCCUGCCCUCCGUAUCUCUAGUUGUGUCUAAUGCUCCGUGCUGUUCAGGAAUCAUUUUAUGUAUAUUUGUCAUGCAGAAAAGGUAGUGACUGACCCGGUCUGGGCACACAGAGAGCCUACUUUGUUUUUUCAUUUCCUCCAAUACUUUCUUUCCUUCUGAGUCCAGUGCAAGGGCUUUUAUUUUGCUGUGUGUAGCUGCUGCCAGCUUAUCCUCUCUUGGCCCUGCUCCCAGAUUACAGUCUCCUGGCAGCCUCCCCUCAGUUUUCCCUGCCCGCUCCACCCGCCCAGCCCGCCCGUGUGCAUGUGAGGCCUCAGUUUCCGCUCCAUCACUUUGGAAGUUCUGAGGAGGCCCUGGGUGGCAGUGGAGCGGCGGGUCCAAUCCUGCCAUCGCUGCCGCCAGCCCUCUCCUCACCCUCCGCCUGUGGAAGCACACCUGCUUUGCCUUGCUGCCUGUGCAAAUGUUGGACAAGGAGAUAGGACCACACUAAUCCCCAGCUUAGCACAGAGCUGGAGAGCAAAUUUCUGGAAUUUUCCAUUUGAGAAUCUCCAAUUCUGGGGUUUAUCUGUUCUGUCUCCUGCCUUCCAGUAAGGCAUCUUUGACUCUUUUUUUCUUCUACUGCUUUUCAGUUCCCUUUCCCCUGGUGGUCUGUUUCCUUUGAGUGUAAAGAGUUACAAGUGACCUGCUAUCAAGAUAGCCAGAGGGUCAGGAAAGAAUCUGGCGGGAGGUGAGGAGUCGGGCGGCUGAGGAAAGAGAGAGGCUAGACAGUCAGAGCAAUGCCAUGCAGCAUGGGUGUCUGCGUUGUGGGGGAAGCAGCCCUUGGGAGCAAGGAGGUGCUAUGGCUUUUCUAAGGGAGCCAGGCUUCCUGGAGGGCAACUAGCAUGGCUGAAGUAGGUGUCCGGACACAGGCAGGCUUCAUCCAGGAGGCUAGUCCUUCCCCGGCACCUCAUGUACCUCACGGUACUUUUGCCUUAGAUUUUACACACAUUCUCCACAGCCAAGCACUGCCACGGGGUAGCCCACGACCACGUGGGCUCCAGGGACUGAGGAAAAAAGGCACAGUCUGGCAGUGGCCAGCGCCAUGGUGCCGCCCCACCCCUGGCUCCUAGAUGCAGCCCUGUGAGUGAACUCGGGGAAACUCCAGAUGCUGGGGAGGAGUAAAGAAGCCCAAGCACCUGCCUCUCAUGGGACUGGGCUUUGUUGGGGGUCUCCUUGACACGCCACAGUAAGGAUCGGCAGAUUGCAUUCCCAACUUUGAGACCCACUGCUCAGUCCUGGAAAGGAGUGAGAUGUGUCCCAAAAUGCAGUUUUCCCUAGAGCAGUGGCCGCUAGCCUGUGGCAGUUGGCCUGGGAGGGCAGGGACUCCGUGGCUGCAGGAGCCUGAGUGGUAGCACUCAGCUCCCUGGCUCUCCUGUUUGGAAGAGGGAAGGUUCUUGGUCCUCAGGAUUGGGGAGAGCAGCUGCCAUAGUUUGUGCUCAGGGCUGUCUUAAAGAAGGGUUUGCUGGCCCUAAGGCCGAAGCACUUGCUCAGUACGAGACAGGAUCCUGUAUGAUCCUUGCUUACGCCUGUUGCCCAGAUCUUGGGCAGAAUGGUACACAUUCUGUCCAUGUUGAAGCAAAGACAUGCCCAAGAAGAGAGAAAUGCUGACCACCCCACUGCCUGUUAGCAGCUUAGCAAGGACCCCUGCCCUCUGGGACAGGAGGUGGAGAAAGUGCACGGCUGGAGCCUGAAGAUGCCGGCGAGUGACUCCCUGGAACCUCUGCCUGGCCCUCAAGGGUUGGGUGUGUAGCAUGGAAGCUCUUACCUGCUUCCAAAGUGAUUGACACCAGUGGACUGGAGGCCCAACUGGAGCUGGUUGCAGACAAAAAUGGGUGCCUCUCUCCUUACAAAAACCAACGGAAAAAGGAAAUGUUUGCUUCUCAGCAUCAGAUAGCUACCACAGCCCCGAGGCUCACUUAGGCAAUGUGACAGCAGGAGGAAGGCUAGAAGGCUGAGAAAUCCAAAAGGCUCAUAUUUAUAAAUUCCACCCAGAGUGGAAAGGGGCAGGUACCAGACCUGGACUAAGCUGCACUGAGGAAAUGCCUUGUGGGUUCUCCUGAGUCAGGGGCUGCAGCCCAGACCCCCUGCAGCCACGUGCCCGGUAACAGACUGUGCCGUCAGGAGUGCAGCAGACGGGUGACAGGAAUGCAGGUGGGCCUUGUCCUCGCCGGGCAGUGGCUAAGGGCUGCCAGGAGUAUUUGCUAAUACAGAUAGGAUGGGACCCUUCAUUAAUAUUUGACUUUCAUAAGUUGGUAAGGAUAUAUUUUUUUUGUCUACGUUCUGUUUCAACUUAUGUAAUUAUUAUAAAUUGAUGUAAACCAUGUGAGAGGAAAA